AGUAUAGUAUAUGAUAUAAUGUUGAUGCCGGGACAACGUGCGCCUCAAUACUGGAGUGGCAUUCGCGGCCGCAGGUUUGCGUGAACGAGGGACUUGGCACCACAAGUGAAACAGAUGCACUCCCACUUGAAGAAUGCAGGAUUGUAUAUUAUAUUCGAUAUGGAGGUUCAUCGAGGUCUUUAUACAAAUAUUAUCUGAUGUCAAAUUUUUCAGCUGCACAGAUGUUACGUCUUCAAUAGUCAACUGCUCACUCAACACUUGCAAAAAAAACAACCUAUAUUUGUAGACGUUCAUAACUAGAGCGCCAGCCAAUCAGCGUCUAAAAUUACCCCCCACCAGAGUCCGAAGUAUAAAAGCUAGCACUCCCCACCGCACGCACUCAGUUCCAUCUUGGACGUCUUUAAGGAAGGAUCUGCGUCACUUCAAAAAAAAUUUUUCCAAUUUUUAAUUUUUCCAUCAUGGACUUCCCCUACUUUUUUGCAGUAGAAGAAAAGAAUAUAAGGACAAAAGAAAUAAGAAGUUUUAUUUUACAGGAGGAGGUCAUUCAUAUAUGAUUUACGUAACACACCGUAAAAUGAGGAGAAGAAGAAGAAGACGACUGGACGUCUUAUUUUCUGCUUCUACAACUCUGGUAAUCUGUCAGUUUUAACGAAAAACUAAAAGAUUCAUUGUGCAUAAUGUCUAUCAAGCAUCCAACUCGAACCUCAGAACAUUAUCGGAAGUGCUACAAACAUUUUUCCAUCGUGAUUAUAGUUAAAAGAGGUUCAAUAAUUGCAUAGCAGCAAAAAAAAAAAAAGUUCAUUAAUUAGUGAAAUACAAUAUUUUUCUGAAUAAAAUGCAAUAUUCUGAAUUUUUUGUAUAAGUCGUUAAAUUCGAGGCGCAGAUAACACGAAUGAAAUUCUUGCCUAUUAAAAUUGGAAUGGCCAAGUGAAACAUCGACCGUUUCCUGUAUGUGGUGAAUAGAAUUGUUGGUACGGAUUUGCUGAAAUUUAAUCGUCUACAUCAACACGAAUCGUAUAUUUUAACCCUUAGGAAAUUAUUACUCUGGUUGCCAAAAAAAAAAAAGUGAAGGAAUGUUUUUUUUUCUUCUUACUGUGUCGGCUUAUUUAAUGUUUUGAAAGUGUGCGAUUAUUGACAUAUAUUAAUAGAACGUGCGGUAAAAUUGAAAAGAAUCAAUAACCAGAAUUGUUCAGUCGAAGUGUCGUUUAUCUUUUUAAAAAACUUUUCGUUUCAAGAAGGAAUAGGAAAGAGAGGGAGAGAGAGAGAGCUAUAUAGAGAAGUAACUCUAAUGUUUCUCAACGACAUGGGACCGUUAAUGUUCUUAGCACUCGCGGCCUCCCUCUUGGGUUACUGCCAAACAGAUGAAAAAGUAUCGUUUUAUGGAGCGAGUUACAUCCAUUUACCGGUGCAAGAAGCAAAAGGUGCGACUGACAUUAGCUUCCGAUUUAGAACACACCUGUCGGACGCGAUGAUACUAUUAGCUGCUGGAAAGACAGAUUAUUGUUUAAUCAAACUUGAGGCUGGCAGAUUAAAGGUUCACAUUAAUUUGGGCGCAGGAGAGAGCGAAAUACCUAGUGCCCAACGUCUGACUCUUAAUGAUAACAACUGGCACGAGAUCAACUUGACAAGGCGAGAGGGAAAAAUUACUUUGCAAAUUGACGUAAUACAUAACACUGAAUUUUUGCUGAAGGGGAAUUUUUUUGAGUUAAAUAUUCAUUACGGUGUGUUCAUCGGUGGAAGAGGAGAUUUCAACGAAUUAUUUCUUGGUCACAUGGAAUACUUGAGAGGUUGCAUGGCGGAUAUAGUUUAUAACGGAGCUAAAGUAAUAGAAUACGCUCGUUUGCGAAAGAACCAAUCAGAGCCAACAGCAGUCACUUGGGGAUGUUCUCCGGAAUUCGAUGCUACUUGGAGAACAAAUAUCAGUUUCGUUGAGGACGGAUCGUUUAUAGCAAUACCAAAGCCAAUUCCUCGUUCUGGAUCGAGCUGGAAAUUCGAAUUGAAAACAGCUGCUGAAAGUGGAUUGCUGCUGUACAAUACUGGGCAAUCUUCAUACGCAGAUUACCUAGGCAUUGAGUUGCUUGACAGACGCAUACGGGUUUUGAUGAACAAAGGAAAUGGACCUACAGAACUGAUACAUUCGACAAUAGUAUCUGAUGGUAAAUGGCAUAGCAUAGUUGUCGACUUUAGUCCUAGCACGAUUGGAAUCACUGUCGACAAGCAAGAGAAAAUGAUGGCACUGCCUUCAGGAGGAAAUCGAUAUCUCGACCUAGCAGACACGUUGUACAUUGGUGGUACCGAGCUGAAUAAAAGAGCUCGUGCUUUCAGCAAAGGUCUCAAGUCAGGAGACAUGAGUUACAAAGGUUGCAUAAGAAACAUGUUUUUGGAUAACAAGGAAAUUGGUUUGCCAGACGUGAAGGUCAGCCAAGGCAUUCUGGCUGGUUGCGUCUGGGGAUUUCCCUGUUUUGAUUCUGAUCCUUGUGCACUUGGUGCCAACUGCUCUCAUCUGGGAGUUGCUGCUUUUAAAUGUAACUGCAAUCAGCCACUUUGUACCAAAUCUGCAUUUUCAGAAGAUUAUAAGGAUAAUUCAAAUUUGAAUUUGCCCGAAAGACUGGGGCUACUGGAUCUCAACCCUCUGUCAGUUUUCGAAGGAGGUAAUGUAACAAUGAUGAGAGAAAACAUAGCGAUGGUACUGGAUAUUGCCAAAUAUAGGAUCGGGGAAAGUAAUGUUAUAUUUACUCUGCUAACACCACCUGCGCAUGGUACUCUGUCCCUGGAUCUUUUAAUUAAUGGGAGGGAGACCACCUUCACGUUACACGAUGUCAGCGAAAAUAAGAUACAAUAUGUACACGAUGGCAGUGAAACCACGGUAGAUAAUAUGAUUUUGGAAGUGACACUUGUGUCAGAUGCUGGAUACACGUUACCCAGUUAUCUUCAAGGGCGCCUGAGAUUUUCGUUAUAUGUCAACGUGACGCCUGUCAACGACCCUCCAAUGCUAGAAAUACCGUCGGCCAAAGUGCUACGACUCGCACAAGGAACCAGAAAAACGCUGACGAAGGAAUUAAUUUGGACCGUUGAUGCUGAUACUCCUCCGGAAACGCUGAUGUACACGGUUCUUCGUGCAGAUACGGAUGCUGGCCACGUAGAAAAAGUGACGAAUCCAUCACGUCCUAUCGAUACGUUCACGCAAGCGGAAUUACUCCAAGGAUUAAUCGCCUACGUUCAUCGUGGAAACGCCAAAUCGAAUGCAAUGUUGAAACUUCAAGUGAGUGAUGGAAUAGAGACAAGCAAGCCAGCUAGUUUACGUGUGUCCGCUUAUCCUUUGUCGAUCAAAUUACAGUACAACACAGGAUUGGUUGUAGUGCAUCGUUCAUUUUCCUACCUAACGCCUGCCAAUCUUUCCUUCGUAACAAACUCGGAUGAUUCAAGUAUUGAAAUUCGUUACGAUAUUGUUGUACCACCUCAAUACGGCGCCAUGCAGAGAAUCAAGAAUCAAAGCGGAAGUUGGAUGGAUGUCGAUUAUUUCAGUAGUAAAGAUGUUGAUAUGCAAAAUGUUCGUUAUAUACACAAUAUUGGCAGUCCCAGUAACGAUGGAUUUAAAUUUCAAGCUAGUGUUAGAGAAGUCAGAACUCAACAGACUUUUGAGUUUAAAGUAACAUUUAUCGAUCUUGAAUUGAAGGAAAUGCGAAAGUACGGAAUUAACUUUACAAACGUUGCUGAUGUGUCUAUAAGCACACAGAGUUUGCGGUAUCAAACGAAUCCGUUGAAUACUUCAUUGAAUAAAAUUAUUUAUCGAAUAGAGGCAAUUCCAAGGUACGGUGAUCUUGUACUCAUUCAACAAAUUCUAAAAAAGUCCAAUACAUUUACACAGGAAGAUGUUGAUUCUGGAAAAUUGAAAUAUAGACUUUAUCGAAGAGCUUAUUCGAAUAUUGAGGAUAAAUUUCUUUUUAAGGUUUCCGCUCCACAGUGUACAGAGAUUUCUUCGAGUUUAACAUUUAGACAUUAUGUAUCAAAGAACUUGAAAGUUCCUGAAAGUGUCGAGUCUUUACAAGUUAAGGAAGGAUCUGAAGUGCCAUUGAAGAUAAUCAAAACGAAUUUUAAUGAUUAUGGAGUGACAUCUUUAAUUUUUAAUAUCACAAGUGGUCCACAUCAUGGAUGGUUGAUUGUAAUGAAUGAUUCCAAUUCUGUUGUCAGAUCAAAAUCGUCUUAUUUUACAUUACAAGAACUUUCAUCACAAUUAGUGUAUUAUAUUCAUGAUGACUCUGAAUCUAAAGAAGAUGCUUUUCAGUUUUUAGCUACUUCUAAUAAUGGUGUUGAUUUUAUGUACAUUGGGGUCUUUAGAGUUGAUGUCACAAUGAGAAAUGACAAUCCACCGGAAAGAGUUGAAAGAAAAGUGUUUUAUGUUGUUUCAAAAGGUGAACGUCUUUUGACAAGCAAGGAUUUACUCUAUAUUGAUAAAGACCUUGACACUAAGGCCAGUAAUUUAGUUUACACCAAGAAAGACAUUGAAAAUGGUGCUCUGUAUAAAAUCACUGAUUUUUCCGUUCAAUUGAAUCAAUUCACUCAAGAGGACAUCAACAAUGAUUUGAUCAUGUUUCGUCAUUAUGGAGACGAUACUGGAAUUUUUAAAUUUACCGUCAGUGAUGGUCAGAUAUCAACACCAGGUGAAUUGGAGAUCCAGGCUAGUGCGCCAUAUAUUAAUCUUCACCUCGGUAAUUAUUUAGUUGUUCAAUUUAAUAAAUCAGCGACUCUCACUAACAAGGAAAUAGAUUUGGAAACAAAUGUCUAUGCAGCAGACAAAGACAUACAGUUUGUGAUUAUGGAGAAACCGAAUUUUGGAAUUUUCAUGAAACAUUCAAGAGAAACUAUUAGCUUUAAUCAAAAUGAUUUGACGAAAGGUGUAGUGUCUUAUAAACAUCUCGAUGGUUCAUCCAACAAGGACAGCGUUAAAUUCAAGGUCUCGGCAAAGGGAGCAGAAGCUGCAGGAAUUCUUGGUGUGAAAAUUUAUCCCGAGAGUUAUUGGGAAACUUUAAUUGUUCAGAGUAAUAAGACUAUUUUUGUCGAAGAGGCUACGAGCAUUUUGAUUAGUAAAAAGAGUCUCGAGAUAAUGCAUCCAAAAAUACCAGCCAAUCAAAUUACGUAUCAUCUUCAAGAGUGGCCAAGAAAUGGUUAUUUGGAAAUACAAUCGCAAGAUGAAUUCAGCGAUGAAACAAAAGACGAUUACAGUGGAACUUUAGUGAAGCAUUUUGAGCAAAAUUUAAUCAAUGAAGGCCGAUUGUAUUACGUACAGGCAGUAAUCAAUCAAACUCGUGACAGAUUUGUUGUUGAUGUUACCAAUGGCAUCACAUGGUUGCGUGGUCUUGUUGUAAAUUUUGUCAUGAUUCCUGAAAAAUUGUACAUGAUUGCUCAUAAUUUAACUGUGAUUGAAGGUAAAACUGUUACCUUUGCGCCAAGUGAUUUUUACUCAAUCACACCAUAUUACGCUGGUAAAAUUAUCGAUUAUACAAUAAAAGAAAAACCAAAACAUGGCUCUAUUAUGGAUUCAACGAAAAAUUCUCAAGUCAGAAGAUUUUCUCAAAAGCACAUCAAUUCUGGAAUAAUUGUUUAUAGACAUAAUGGAGAUGAAUCACUUAGUGAUAGUUUCAAAAUGAUUGUAACAGCUGGUGAUAAGACGAGUGAACCUUUUAAAGUUUGGAUUAAUGUACAACCAGUUAAUGAUGAGGUUCCGAUUCUUUCAAGUGAAACAAAAUUGAGUGUAUGGCAAGGAGGCUCCAUUGUACUUUCAACAUCACAAUUACAUGCCAUUGACAAUGACACAUCUCCUGUUGAUGUCAUUUAUAACGUUACAAGUGUCAAAAAUGGAUUUAUUUCACUUACUACUAUUCCUGAGAGGGAUGUUUAUAUUUUCAGUCAACAGCAAAUCAAUGACGGAAAGGUUUUAUUUACACACACCAAUGGAAGUGAUGCACAAUUUUCCUUCACUUUAUUUGAUGGUAUACAUGCAACGGACACUUACAAGAUUCCAAUUGUUACAAAACCCGUUCUCCUCUUAAUUCAAAAGAACAAUGCCCUAAAUGUUUUUCCGUUAACGAGGAAGACGAUCUCUGAUAAAUUACUGUUAACGAACUGUUCCGAUAAUGAUCGAGAAAUUAGAUACGUUGUCAAAAAUCCACCGAGGAUGGGAAAAAUUAUAAUGGAAACUAGCGAAGGUGCUUGGCAGGAAGUCAAUAAGUUUACUCAAAGUAAUCUUAAUCGAAAUAAAGUCACUUACGAACACACCAAACAAUUUAUGGAUCUUUUGGCCAACGAUUCUUUCACAUUUGACGUCGAGACUCAUUAUGCGAUGCCAAUUCUCAACCAAGUAUUUAGAAUAGACAUUUCAGUCUCGAGUGGAGGACUGGACAGAUACGUUGUUCCAACAACAGUAAGAGUUGAAGAAGGAGGAAAUGCACAAGUCCUCAUGAACAUCAGUGGAAUAAUUUAUUUUCUAAAAACAAAAUCCGGGAUUACCGAACCAAUAGUGAGAUUAAAACUUACAGCUCGUCCUCAGCAUGGCCAUGUGAUGCUGCAACCAGACUUGAACAUUACAACUUUCGAGCAGCCUCAGCUUGAAAAUGGAAAAGUUUUUUAUUUUCAUGAUCAUUCUGACACGACGGAAGAUAGUAUUGGAUUUUCUCUCUAUCUCAUAGCUUCACAACUAGCGCGGCAAGUUUUUCUCUGCAACGUCAGCAUUUCAGUGAUGAUUACACCCGUUAACGAUCAGCAAUUCAAACUCGAGAUAAAUGAACACAUCACAGUUGUACAAAAUCAAAAUCAGACAAUAACACGAGAUAAUUUAUUAACAACGGAUGCAGAUACUGGACCUGAAGAUCUUAUUUACGAGGUGAUAUCUGGACCAACACAUGGCCGAUUGCUAUUGUUGCCGUUUAAUCAGAAUUCGUCGGAAGUACAGAUAGCGAAUAAAUUUUCUCAAUUUGACAUAGAUUCUUCAAGAGUUGUUUAUGAACACAGUGGUCCAUUGCAAGCUUCUAUUCACUUUCGCGUCUCGGAUGGAUAUUUUAAUCCCGUAUACAAACUCUUUCAUAUUCACGUUGUUCCAAUAAAAUUGAACGUUACCGUUCCCCUUUCAGUGAUGAUACCACAAGGUCAAAAUAUUGCCAUGAUCUCCGAAGAUAACGUGAAACUCGACUCGAAUGUAAGACAAGAUUUAAUCAUCUAUAAUGUGACAAGAUCACCUAAACAUGGUGUACUUUAUGUACGAAAUUUGCCUGCAGUAACCUUCAAACAUCUCGAUCUACUUGCCAAGAGUGUUAUAUUCAUGCAAAACGACAUGACAGUCUCGAAUGACAGUUUAGAAUUAUCAGCUCAUGUUAGUGGCUUUGAAGUCAAAAACAUCCAUAUCGACAUAAAAGUUGAACCAUUAAUGAUCAUGAAUCCUCUAAUAAUAGUCGCCGGUGAAAAGACACAAUUGACUCUUCAAUAUUUAGAUGCAACACCACUUGCUAAAUUGACAAAUAGCAAUCCAAUUUACACGGUGAUAAAGAAACCAAAACUCGCCAAACUCAAGAGAAUUAUCAGAAGCUCAUCAUCGUCCGGUGAAAAGAGAGGAACACGCGAAAAAGAAGUGUCAAGAUUCACUCAUCAGGAAAUUGUCUCCGGUGUGAUUUACUUGGUAUGCAAAAAAAUAUCAACCAUGCAUUUUGAAGGGGUUCCGGAUAAUUUUGGUUUUAUUUUGGUUGCUUCCAUUUAUCAACCAGCGGAAGGAGUGUUUUCCUAUCGAUUGAAACUGGAUCCCGACGGCUAUAAUAUGACUCUGGGUGGUCCAAUGGACCCAGUUGGUCAUGAGGGUGAAAUGGCAAUUGCUCCAAAUAUGAGUAACGAUUAUUUACUCAUUUUGGGAAUGUUGAUUGGUGUUUUUGUACUGAGUGUUGUCGUGAUCAUUACAAUUAGAUACAGACAAAAUCAAUAUAAAUACGCGGAAGAAGAUGACAAGCCAGAAUCAUCACCAACUGUUGGUGUGAUGCCUUUACCAAGACCUCCUGAUCAUUUGAUGCCUGCAACACCUCAUCUUAAGAGAUUUGCCAAUGAUCAUAAUAACUUAACUGCCAGUACACCUUUACCAUCUCUUCCAACGAUGACAUCCACUUUACCUCAAUGCAAAGUUAUUCCUUUGAGUCCAUUGGAGAGUAUAACGGGCUCUGAGGUCGACGUCUCAGCGAGGUAUCCCUAUGGAGUUGCCGACGGUGAUGAGUGGAGUAGUUUCGAUACUACGGAAUUACCCUGUCAAUCGGCAACAUCACAGCGACCAAAUCCUCUUCUCAGAAGAAAUCAAUAUUGGGUCUAGCAGAAGUCUUACGCCCACACGGGGCGAAAAACUGGCUAGAAUUUGUAUAAAGAAAAAAAAAUUAUCAACUUUCUCAAAGACUGACCUAUGUCAAGAUUAUCUCAUCGCUACUACGAACUCAAUGUGCCUAAUGAAGUAAGACUUUUCGAAGCCUUUCUGCAAUCCUGUGGAGCCACUUGUGAAGCCGCUUUAAUGUGUGAUUGUUCGUUUUUUAUUACGAGUGACAAAUUUAUCUGCGCUGCGUUAAAGACAGUCGUGACGAGAUUAAUGUUUUAAUGCUUUUAAAUUCGUAUGUUGAAUGAAAUUCGGUUAUAAUUCGAUUAAUAAUAAGCUGAAAGUAAAAAGUUUCGAGACAAUUAUUUAUAAAGUAAACUUAGAAUAUCCAAACGAGAAUGGAAUAGAAUAUAAAAGAUAAACAGUUUUAGUAAUUCAUUUGACCUAAAAAUGUGUUUCAACGAAAUAUAUUCUUUAGACAUCCUUCAUGAAAAAAUAAUUCUAAAAUAAAAGAAAUUCUUUUGUCCUAAAAUAGUGAAUAAAUAAAAAAAAUAUGAAGGAAACGACAAAUUAAAAUUGUAGUGCCAUUUAACUUUUUACUCUCAGUUUAUUAUUUUAAUGAAAGUACUGAUGGUAUAAGCUCGCAGUGAUGAAAGAAAAAAAAAUUGAAAGAAACGAGUACAUGUUUUGACUCAAGGGCCUAAAAUAAGUACUGGAAUUUCCAUCCACAGUCAAAAGGAGACGCAGAUAUCAUAUGGUGUAAAGACUGCACGCUCAAACCAGGGAACACAAAUAAUUUUUCUACUAGAUUCAUCAAGAUAAAAUAUUUCUCAUCGCUUCUCGAUGAAAUUUUCAAGACUAUAAAAAUUGCAUUUUGUUGAUGCCUCGAAAGCUCAAGUCGUAAACAUAUCUUUUUAAAAAACAUUCUUCUUGUAAUCAGCUAUGCAUUUUAUAAAAUCAAGAGUUUUCUGACUUGAGUUUCGAUUGAACAGUGCAAUUGUAGAUGUAAAUUAACUUUUUUUUUGCAAUCAAUUUUUUUGUUUUAGUAAAUUUUACUGUAAAUCUUAUAUUUACAUAAUAUUAUUACCAUAGAAAAAAUAUUGGUUUUAAUGUAAAUAUUAAUUUUUGAAAAUAAUCUAGUUUCAUAAUAAUCUCCCUGCGCACAAUCAACAAAACUUCAAAUGAUAUAAUGCGUAAAUUUGAUUAAAAGAAAAAAAUUAGGUGAUGAAAUAUAAAAUUUUUACAAGAAGACACGAAUUUUUUUGAUGCGAAAGAUGAAAAUUAUCGAAAAUAAUAAAAAUAUAGGCCUACUAAUGAUUUUUUGAAUUUUUAAAUGAUUUUAUAUUAGAUCAUCUAAUUUUGUAUUUACAAAAAGUAUGUAAGCAAGCAUGAAACGUAGUAAAUUCUAGAAACUAGAGUCUUGAUUGAAAUUUUAAAAUUCAUAGCUCAUUAGCUAGACAAAAGCUAAAAAUUAUUUAUCUAUGCAGAAAAGAUUCAAAGCAACGAAGUGUAAACUGCUAAUCUAUAUGAAAAAUAAUAAAUGGAUAGUGGAACUUCUUAAAUUAUAUUUUCUAAAUAAUUUAAAUUACAAAAAUAGGCUUUAUAAAUUCGGAAAGAGCAAAUAAUAAAAAAAAAUUUCAUUUUAUUUAAUUUUCCAGAUUUUUGCAAAUUUCUAAUUAUAAAUUACUAAUUUAAUUUGCAAUUAACAAAUUAAAAUUGAUAAUGAUUUAUAUCUAUAAAUUAAAAAUUUUAUAAUCAAAAAUUAACCAUUUUUAUUUAUAAAUUUGUAAAUCUUGUUUCAGUAAACAAUAAACUCUGUCUAUUUUUUAUUUUUGAAAUUUUUACAUACAUUUCAAUUGUAUUUUGUUAGUUCACAGAGCUUAAUAUGAAAUUUUUAUAUUGAAUAAGCAAAAAUAUAGUUGAGUCACUAUAUUAUUAGUCCAUGCAAGAAUUACCUCAAAUAUUUUUGUCUUUCUCAAGCGUUAAUUUCACAUUGUACGAAUAAUUUUACUUCAUGCAUCAUAUAGUUAUAUUUAUUACGAGAAAAGCUAUCAUCGAAAAUUAAAUAUAAAAGCAUUUACAAAAGUAUCGCUUAGAAACUAAUAUACUACGUCCUGUACAAUCAACCGAUCAGUCAUUUUAUAUUAGAAAACACUUUUUAUACCAUUAGAAUAAUGAAUAAUGCUUCAAGUGUAAAUAAUAAUUAUAAGUAGAUCGUUUUUAGCUAUGUAUUUCGUGCGAAUAAUUAUUUGCUGGCACACAAAAGCAAUGACCAUUAUGAUCAAAUUUUUUUGCAUCAAACAGUUAAGAAAUAAAAUCAAAAUGAAAAAAAUUAACAAAAAGAACUAUAUAGAAUGAAUAGAAAAAUUAAACAGAAAAUUAAAGGAAUAAAAAAUUUAUUAAAGUUAAAAAUUGUGUUAAAUUUAAAACAAAAAUUAUUAAAGUUUAAAAAUAUUUUAUUAAUGUUUAUUUAAAAGUGUGAUCAUAAUUUCACUGCUUUAAAUAGAAAUCUCUGACGCACGUAUUUCUUACUAUUUUAUAAAACGAAUGUGCGUGAAACUCAAAAUAAGACUUGACUGGAAGAUGUUCCAAAUAACUAUAUAUAUAUAAUAUAUAUAUAUAUAUAAAUAGAGAAAAUUUAGAAUGCUACUAUAAUAGUAACUAUUAUAGAAGUGGACUUUUUUUUGUACAUCAAAUGUCAUUAAAAGUAAAUAUAUAUUAUAUAUAAUUUCGCAAUUUCAUACGAGUUAUAAAAUUAAAUGUUACAAAUUUAAACGAUGAGAUGAUUAUUUGUUAUGUCAAUGGAAUGUGAUUUAUAUGGAAGUGUAUAAUAAAAUGAAUGUUUUAAUUUAUUAUUUUAGUGAUUAAAGAAAUUGUCAAAAUUGCUGAUAGCCUUUGUAAAACGAAAAUUCAUUUAAACAUGCAUUUUAAUUAAAAUUAAUUAAUUAAUUAAUUAAUUUUAAAAUAAUGCAAUAUUUAUUGAAGAAUUGAAGAACAAAAUAUUCUUUUCUACAAUAAAAAAAAAUAUUAAAAUGAAUUUUAUGUUUGUUUUGUGACUGUAAAUGUAUGUGUGUGACAGUUGGAAAAAAGUAUUGUUCAAAUGCAAAUUGAAAAAAAAAAAUUAUUACAUCGUCCAUCGAUAUGGUCGGUUAUAAACGUGUUUCAGUAUUAUAAAUGUAUGAUACGAUGAUUUUAUGAAUGUUGAUUAAAGAAAAAUGAUAUGUCCAUUGUUUUCUAUGAAUAUAAAUAUUAAUUUACAUUUGGAAAUAUUUGUGAAUAAAGACAAAGUCUUUAUUGAAAAAAAGCUUUAUGCGUAUAAAUAAUCUGACGCAUUCUAAAAUAGACGUUAAAAUAGAGUGGUUAUUAUUGUAUAAUUGUAAUUAUUAUUAUUAAUAUUAUACUUAUAUUUUUUUUAAUUACUUUAAUAAUAAUAUUAUAUAAUAAUAACAAUAAUAAUAAUAAUAAUAAUAAUAAUAUUAUUAUUAUUAUUAUUAUUAUUAUUAUUAUUAUUAUUGUUCUUAUUAUUUAAUACUUUACUAGUUAAAUAAUUUAUCAGCACCUAUAAUAACAAUUUUUUUUAUAGUUAAUUUAAAAAGCCGAAUUAAGCUAGAUUUUAUAUAUUGUAUACCUGUUAUAAUUAAAUUUUUUUAUAUUUAAUGAAGUGAAUCGUUUUGAGUGCAAAUCUUAUACUCAUAUAUAGUUUACAUAGGAAUGUAUUUUCCCUGUCGACUGUAAAUCGUAAAACCAAUAAACUGAAUGUGCGAUGUU